AUGUCCGAAACAGCACCAGCAGAACCAGUAGACCCGCAGAAGAAGGACACUUUCCCUUCAUAUAAAGAUUUCUAUGGUAUAUUCGAAAGCGUAAGAGAGAACAAAGAAGACUGUAAAAAUGGGUGCAGGGAGAAUACGGAGAUACCACAAAGAUUAAAUGGGAAAAUAAAAGAAUCAUCUGAUAAAAUAAAAGGAGCAAUAUGCACAGCGUGCAAAAUGUAUAAAGGCGAAGGCACAGGGGACCCAUCCAAAAGAGAAGCUUACCAUUUCUUAUAUUAUUGGUUGGGAGAUAAAUUACCCAAAAGUGGGAACGACGAUACCAACUUCCAAACUGACAUAAAAGCUAUUUGCGAAGCUAUAAAUAAAUUUUGUGGGACGGGAGGGUCCGGACAAUGUGGAAUUCCUUGUGAUAAUAUUAGUGGAAUUGAUUUCCGUAGUAGGAAAACAAUAUUCGAUUUUUCUUACAAUUUUACUACCAUAGAAGAGAAUAUAAAGGAAUGUAAGUUCAGCGAUAAUAGUGAUUGGUCGUCCUACCGAGCGAAUGUGUACUCAGCAUGUACUGUUAUGAGCAUAUAUUGCACAACGGAAAGAGGUAAAACAAAGAGUGCUGCAUAUUGUAAGGAAUUAGAAACAAAGUACGCGGUCCCCUGUAAAACGGCAGAACUGGUGGAACUGCACUGUCAAAAAGUACAUGAAUUGGAAACUGAAAGAAGAAAUGCAACAGAAACAGCACAAUACACACUCUCCCAAUUAAACGAUGCAUUAAGCAAAGCAAAUAAAGCUUUUUCUCUUUCUUCUGCUUUUGGUACCUUAGCACUAAUGGAAUUACCAGCAUUGGCAUUCUUUCUCUAUAAAUAUAAACCGUGGUCUUCCUUGUUUGGUAACCAUUCUGGAAGCAGCAGAGGAAAAAGAUCAACUGGACGCGAAUUUGAUGCGUCCACAGAGAGUGCCUCAACAAUAACAGACUCAACUGACGACAGCUCAACAAUAGGUCCAACAGAAAAUUCCACCACACUACGCUCUGUGGCGCACACAAGACAGCCUACAAGGUCAUCUACCAGCAGAGGAAGGGAAAAAGAAAGAGGAGCAAGAGCAGGAACAAAUAGGACAUCGCCGAGUCGCCAGAAUAUAAGUUACGGUCGGAUGUAA